UUUUCUUAAGCAUAUAAGUCAGUUCACAUCGACAGACUUGAUGAUCAUGUUUGCAUGGCUGUUGUGAAGUCAUGCAGUGGAAAACAGUGGUAUUAACAAUUUUAAUAGUGAGUUUGUGUUUUUUUGCUGUGCCCAUUCGAAUUGGUCCAAAUAAUAAUUCCGAUCAGGAAUUAAAAUUAUUUAAAUCAUACGUCGUUCGUUUUAAUAAAUCAUAUAGACACAAUCCCAAUGAAUAUGAUAAGAGAUUUCAACGAUUUCAGAGAUCUUUACGACACAUCAAUAAAAUGAAUGAAAUGAGAACAUCUGAGAAUAGUGCAUAUUAUGGUUUAACUCAAUUUUCGGAUUUGAGUGAGGAGGAAUUUUUGAAAUUACAUUUACGACCUGAUAUAUCGGUGAGAGGUGCAAAACAUGUGAUAAGUCCACAUUAUCAUUCACAUCAUUCGGAUGAAUCAAUGUCACUAUCAAGAGUAACUGUUCGAUUGAAAAGAACAAUAAAUAAUGAAAUUCCAAUAAAAUUCGAUUGGCGAACAAAAAAUUUAAUAACACCUGUAAAAGCACAGGGAACAUGUGGAGCAUGUUGGGCUUUCAGUACAAUUGAAGUUGCUGAAACAAUGUUUGCAAUUAAAAAUGGAAGUCUUACUUCUUUUAGUGUUCAAGAGAUGAUUGAUUGUGCGGGAAAUGGAAAUUUAGGAUGUGACGGUGGUGAUAUUUGUAGUCUUCUCAAUUGGUUGUUGAAAGCAAAAAUCAAAAUAUUCCCAGAAAUUUCAUAUCCACUUACAAGAAGGACCGAUCAAUGUAAAUUUAAUAAAACAGUUUCGAAAACGGAGGGAAUAAAAAUAACGGAAUUUACAUGUGACAAUUUUGUAGGUGCGGAAGAUGAACUUUUAAAUUCAAUUGCAACACAUGGACCAGUUGCAGCAGCAGUCAAUGCCCUAUCUUGGCAAAAUUAUCUCGGCGGAGUGAUUCAAUUUCACUGCGAUGGUGCAUUUAGUAAUUUAAAUCAUGCAGUGCAAAUCGUGGGAUAUGACAAUUCAGCACCAACUCCUUUUUACAUUGUGAGAAAUUCAUGGGGAACAUUUUUCGGUGAUAACGGCUAUUUAUAUAUUUCUAUUGGUAACAAUAUGUGUGGAAUUGCAAAUCAAGUUUCUUCAAUUGAUGUGAUUUAAUGAAAAUGAAACUAAGAACAAUAAUUGUUUUAAUGAAAAAUUGAAACAAUAAAUUUUAUAGACUGAA